AGUACUCAAGACGUUCGCCGAGCGUGUUUUCGUCGGUCCCGUCAACUAGAGAAUAUUUUCUCUCGAUAAUACCUAUAGAUUCGAAAUAUAUAGACAGUUCAAGACCAAAGCGACAAACUACAGAAAAGGUCGAUUGGUGUGCGGUUAUUGAAGAAUAAAAAUCAAAUAAUCUUUAUAAUAUCUCGAAAAUAUAUUCUAUUUCUCGUGUCAAUAUUAUAAUUGAUUAAAUAAUAAAACCUACUAAAUUUCCCAAUAACUCCAACUUUAUCUGUGUGGUGGUGAAAGUUUGGCCGUGAUAAGUGAAAGUUAGUAUUUUGGCCACGCAAUGUUUCCCAAUCAGAACAACAUAGCUGCUUCUGGGCCGGGUCCAUCGGCUGAUGGCCAACAGAGCCUCAACUACAACGGUUUGCCAGCCCAGCAGCAACAACAGCAGCAGCAGCAAUUGUCGCAGUCUACGAAAAAUGUGCGGAAGAAACCGUAUGUGAAGAUCACCGAACAGCCGGCGGGAAAGGCCCUGCGAUUCCGCUACGAAUGCGAGGGUCGCUCGGCGGGUUCCAUUCCGGGUGUUAACUCCACGCAGGACAACAAGACCUAUCCCACAAUAGAGAUUGUGGGCUACAAGGGACGCGCCGUGGUUGUCGUCUCCUGUGUCACCAAGGAUUUGCCACAUCGUCCUCAUCCUCACAAUCUCGUGGGCAAGGAGGGCUGCAAGAAGGGCGUCUGCACACUGGAGAUCAAUAGUGAGACAAUGCGAGCCGUGUUCAGUAAUUUGGGAAUUCAGUGUGUCAAGAAAAAGGAUAUUGAGGCGGCCCUCAAGGCGCGUGAAGAGAUACGCGUGGAUCCGUUUAAGACUGGCUUCUCGCAUCGUUUCCAGCCCUCAAGCAUCGAUUUGAACUCGGUGCGACUGUGCUUUCAAGUAUUUAUGGAGAGCGAGCAGAAGGGUCGCUUCACCUCGCCCCUGCCACCGGUGGUUUCCGAGCCGAUCUUCGACAAGAAGGCCAUGUCCGACCUGGUCAUUUGCCGGCUGUGCAGCUGCUCGGCCACCGUCCUCGGGAAUACCCAGAUCAUCCUGCUCUGCGAGAAGGUGGCCAAGGAGGAUAUAACGGUGCGAUUCUUCGAGGAGAAGAACGGCCAGUGUGUUUGGGAGGCCCUUGGUGAAUUUCAGCACACCGAUGUGCACAAGCAGACUGCCAUUACCUUUAAGACGCCGCGAUAUCACUCUCCGGAAAUAACAGAGCCCGCCAAGGUCUUUAUCCAACUGCGACGUCCUUCGGACGGAGUCACCAGCGAGGCCCUUCCCUUCGAGUACGUGCCAUUGGACUCAGGUAAAAAUACGUUCUGGACCCUUCAUCGGCACCUCAAACGCAAGCCGGACGAAGAUCUCUUUCAGCAGAUCCUCAGGUUGGACGCCAAGCGGGAAACGCAGGCGCCAACGAUUGAGGUCAUCGAUUUGGAUACACCGAAAAUAGAGGUGCAACAUGAUCUACCACCCUUGAAUGUCGACUUUAAUCAAGAGGAGUCUCAACAAAAGGAGCCCGUUUUUGAACAAGAGCAAUCCUCCCAGCAAGAGCAAUAUUCACAAGAGCAAUCCUUACAGCAGGAACAACAUUUGCAGCAGGAACCACCUGUGCAACAACAGGAGCAAACUUUUCAGCUAGAUGAACCCAUGGAGCAGGAGCAAUCUCUGCCGGUACAACAAUCUUUAGAUCAGACCUCAGAUCAAUUGCCCGAUCACACCUCGGAUCAUGUUCCCGAGGAUAUGGAGGCGGCAGAUGCCCAGGCAGAGGCUGAAGCACACCGCCUGCGAUCCGAGCAGGAAAAAGAGAUUGACACCAUUAUCGAUGAGAAGGUGCGGGAGCUGGAGCAGCUCGAACUGGGUCACCACUUGGAGCCACGGCCAUUGACGGCCGACGAUAAGAUCACCGAGUGGAUGAAGUCCAGUGAGAUCGAACAGCAAGGUCAUGAACCAAGUCCCACCGCAGCCGAAGGCGAAGAAGAUGUUAUGGACUCGGCCCUCGAAAUUUCCAAGGCAGAUAAAACCCUUGACGAAUUGCUGGAGACAGUUGCCGAGCUGGAUGAGAUUUACACGGAUUUUAAAGUGCAGCGCGAUACGUACAACAAUACGAUUCAAAAUGAGUUGGCUGCAAUUGGGGGUCGAGCGCCACUACAGGUGGAGGAUAGCUUUGAUGAUGCUGCCACCUAUACCAGCCUGCAGAUUGCCUUCAAGAACCCCGUUCUCAUACCCAUGGAAGAUAUAAUGCCACCAACGCCGCCCAUGUCGCAAUGUGCCCCCGAAGAUGCCCAUCAGCACUACGAUCCCGUGGAGGUGAACUCACAGGCCCGAAAGCCGGAGACUACUCAAUUCCGCCCAGCUCCUCCCGUGCCGCCGGCAAUUCUUACGGUUCUGUUUCCACCAGAAGAGGAGAAGCUGCCACCCUUGCCGCCGAAGAGGAUUCGCAAACAGGACAGCAAUGCUGAGAAUCGUUCCAUCGAGGCCAAUACGGUUCAGGCCAGGCCAUCCACAGCUGAAUCUCCCUUAAACAAGAGACUUCCUCCCGCUCCGAGUCCCAAGAACCCGAACUUUAAUACCCUGCCUAGGCAGAAGAAGUCGGGAUUCUUCUCGAAACUCUUCUCCCGACGCAAGAGCAAACCGGACUUGGCCCAGGGGCAGGAGAACAGCUCGCUGCUGGGGGAUUCCAAGGGGAAUAGUCGGGAGCCCAGCAUAGGGCACUUUAGUAUGCAGGAUCCGAUGAGGGCCUCCAUGCGCUCCUCCAAGUCAGCAGCUCCGUUCAUCUCGAGUCCAGCCCCGGCCAAAUCCAGUCCUGUAAAGGCCAAGAAGCCAGGAUCCAAGCUGGCCAAGCCGGUGGGCAGGAGUGUGAGUAGUGUCUCCGGAAAGAGACCCGCUUACCUCAAUGCCGAUGUGGUGCACAUACCCCUGAAGGGUGAUAGUGCCAACAGUUUGCCCCAACAUCAAAGAAACGAGGGCUAUUCCCAGUCCAGCACGAUUUCGGUGGGCGCGGGAUUGGAUAGACGCACUGCAUCUGCCUUGCAGCUGGCUGAAAUACCAAUUAGCGAGGGCGGAAUGGAACUGGUGGCUAUUGCCGAUCGCCAGAGUCUACACAAUUUGGUCAGCUCCAUUGAAGGCCACUUUAAUGUCCAACUGGAUCCCAAUCUGGAUUUAACAGAGGCCGAGCAUUUUGCCCUGUACACGAGUAUUCCGCCACUUGCGGCGGCCAGCGAAUUCGAUGAGACCUCCGCCUAUUAUGCUCCCGUGGAUGCGGGCGAGAUCCUGACACCCGAUGAGGUGGCCCGGCGAUUGGCGGCUGCAAAUGGCCUCUAAAUUUUGUUUGAAUAAAACAUUGUUAAUAGGCAAACGAACCGAGGGAAAUCCUCCAACGAAACCCCAAAAAACGAAGCAAGUUGGCUGCAAGCCAGAGGGAAAUGGAAAAUGGAGACCAUUUCCAUCAUCUCUGGUGCCACAAAUUGUCCACUUGUGUAAAGGCAUCUGAAGCGGUUCCGCUUCGGAACCUUCAAGAAUUUGUAUUUGUUUUAUAUUUGAUAAUUGUGCUAAAAGUAUCCCCGAAUAUUUUGUAAGCGAUACUAAGCAAAAGACGCCAAAAGGGGUCGAACCAGAUUUGUUAUUGUCCAGGUGGCUCAUUCAAGGGGCCUACCUAUCGUAUUGUAUUUAAGCGAAAUCACUCAAUUUUCAGAGUAGAGUAAGAUUUCCCAAAUGGAAUCGAAUAUUGUUUUAAUUGAAACCGAAAACCCGAUUAUAUGUACAACACGUGUGUGUAUUUUGUCUUAUAGAUCCAGCGCACUUGAGGCGGAAACGUCAGAAGACUGGCGGUGAUCCCAUGCACCUGCUGCUCCAGCAGCAGCAGAAACAGCAAUUGCAGAGCGAGCACCAGGAUGUCAGUAAGU